AUGGCGGGGGCGCCGCGCGGCCAAGGCGGCGGCGGAGGCGGCGCGGGCGAGCCCGGGGGCGCCGAGCGGGCGGCCGGGCCGGGCGGCCGGCGCGGGCUCCGGGCGUGCGGCGAGGAGUUCGCGUGCCCCGAGCUGGAGGCGCUGUUCCGCUGCUACACUCUGCGGCUGGAGCAGGCAGCCACGCUGAAGGCGCUGGCUGUGCUUAGCCUGCUGGCGGGCGCGCUGGCACUGGUCGAGCUGCUAGGUGCGCCGGGGCCCGCGCCCGGCCUGACCAAAGGGUCGCACCCGGUGCACUGCGUCCUCUUCCUGGCGCUGCUCGUGGUCACCAAUGUCCGGUCCCUGCAGGUGCCCCAGCUACAGCAGGUCGGUCAGCUGGCGCUGCUCUUCAGUCUCACCUUCGCGCUGCUGUGCUGCCCCUUCGCGCUGGGCGGCCCCGCCAGGGGCUCUGCCGGGGCGGCUGCGGGGUCAGCCGCCGCGGAACAGGGGGUUUGGCAGCUCCUUUUGGUCACCUUCGUUUCCUAUGCCUUGCUGCCCGUGCGCAGCCUGCUGGCCAUCGGCUUUGGGCUCGUGGUGGCUGCCUCGCACUUACUGGUCACAGCCACCUUGGUCCCCGCCAAGCGCCCGCGUCUCUGGAGGACGCUUGGCGCCAAUGCCCUGCUCUUCGUGGGUGUGAACAUGUAUGGUGUCUUCGUGCGGAUCCUGACUGAGCGCUCUCAGAGGAAGGCCUUUCUGCAAGCCCGGAGCUGCAUUGAGGACAGGCUACGGUUGGAGGAUGAGAACGAGAAACAGGAGCGGCUGCUUAUGAGCCUCCUUCCCCGGAAUGUUGCCAUGGAGAUGAAGGAAGACUUCUUGAAGCCCCCUGAGAGGAUUUUCCAUAAGAUUUACAUCCAGAGGCAUGACAAUGUGAGCAUCCUGUUUGCGGACAUCGUGGGCUUCACAGGCUUGGCAUCCCAGUGCACGGCCCAGGAGCUGGUGAAACUGCUCAAUGAACUCUUUGGCAAGUUCGACGAGUUAGCCACGGAGAACCACUGUCGUCGCAUCAAGAUUCUUGGGGACUGCUACUACUGUGUUUCAGGCCUAACCCAGCCCAAGACUGACCAUGCCCAUUGCUGCGUGGAGAUGGGGCUCGACAUGAUUGACACCAUCACGUCUGUGGCUGAGGCCACUGAGGUGGACCUGAACAUGCGUGUGGGGCUACACACCGGCAGGGUCCUCUGUGGUGUUCUGGGCCUGCGCAAGUGGCAGUACGAUGUGUGGUCCAAUGAUGUGACCCUGGCCAACGUCAUGGAGGCUGCCGGCCUGCCUGGGAAGGUUCAUAUCACAAAGACAACCCUUGCAUGCUUGAAUGGAGAUUACGAGGUGGAGCCAGGCCAUGGACAUGAGAGGAACAGCUUCCUGAAAACUCAUAACAUUGAGACCUUCUUUAUUGUGCCAUCCCAUCGGAGAAAGAUAUUUCCAGGCCUGAUUCUCUCAGAUAUAAAGCCGGCCAAGAGGAUGAAGUUUAAGACUGUCUGCUACCUGCUGGUGCAGCUCAUGCACUGCCGGAAGAUGUUCAAGGCUGAGAUCCCCUUCUCCAAUGUCAUGACCUGUGAAGACGAUGACAAGCGGAGAGCAUUGAGAACAGCAUCAGAAAAACUUCGAAACCGCUCGUCUUUCUCUACAAAUGUGGUCUACACCACACCAGGCACACGUGUCAAUAGGUAUUUAAGCCGCCUCCUGGAAGCCCGCCAGACGGAGCUGGAGAUGGCGGAUCUGAAUUUCUUCACCUUGAAGUACAAACACGUUGAACGGGAGCAAAAGUACCACCAGCUUCAGGACGAGUAUUUCACCAGCGCUGUCGUCCUUGCCCUCAUCCUGGCUGCCUUAUUUGGCCUUGUCUACCUUCUUAUGAUUCCACAGAGUGUGGCUGUCCUGCUCCUGCUGGUGUUCUGUAUCUGCUUCCUGGUGGCCUGUGUCCUCUACCUGCACAUCACCCGGGUCCAGUGUUUUCCAGGGUGCCUGACGAUUCAGAUUCGUACCGUCUUGUGCAUAUUCAUAGUGGUCUUAAUCUAUUCUGUAGCCCAAGGAUGUGUGGUGGGCUGCCUACCCUGGGCCUGGAGCUCCCAGUCCAACAGCUCCCUGGUGGUCCUUGCGGCUGGGGGCCGGCGCACUGUGCUGCCUGCCUUGCCCUGUGAGUCUGCACAUCACGCCCUGCUCUGCUGCCUGGUGGGUACCCUCCCGCUAGCCAUAUUCCUGCGGGUGUCCUCCUUGCCAAAGAUGAUCCUGCUGUCUGGACUCACCACAUCCUACAUCCUCGUUCUGGAGCUCAGCGGAUACACCAAGGCCGAGGGCGGUGGUGUCUCUGGGCGCAGCUACGAGCCGAUCGUGGCCAUCCUGCUGUUCUCGUGCACGCUGGCCCUGCACGCCAGGCAGGUGGACGUGAGGCUGCGGCUGGACUACCUCUGGGCAGCACAGGCAGAAGAGGAGCGGGAUGAUAUGGAGAGGGUAAAGCUGGACAACAAGAGGAUCCUCUUUAACCUCCUUCCAGCCCACGUUGCACAGCACUUCCUCAUGUCCAAUCCCCGGAAUAUGGACCUCUACUACCAGUCCUACUCCCAGGUGGGUGUCAUGUUUGCCUCUAUCCCCAACUUCAAUGACUUCUACAUCGAGCUGGAUGGCAACAACAUGGGAGUGGAGUGUCUGCGACUCCUUAACGAGAUUAUCGCUGACUUUGAUGAGCUCAUGGACAAAGACUUUUAUAAGGAUCUAGAGAAGAUCAAGACCAUUGGAAGCACUUACAUGGCUGCAGUGGGGCUGGCGCCCACAGCAGGAACCAGAGCUAAGAAGUCCAUCUCCUCCCACCUCAGCACACUGGCUGACUUUGCUAUUGACAUGUUUGACGUCUUGGAUGAAAUCAACUACCAGUCAUACAAUGACUUUGUCCUCCGAGUUGGUAUCAAUGUUGGCCCUGUGGUGGCUGGAGUGAUUGGUGCUCGCAGGCCCCAGUAUGACAUCUGGGGAAACACGGUCAAUGUGGCCAGUCGGAUGGACAGCACCGGAGUCCAGGGCAGAAUCCAGGUGACUGAGGAGGUGCACCGGCUGCUGAGAAAGUGUGCCUACCAUUUUGUGUGCCGAGGCAAAGUCAGUGUCAAAGGCAAGGGGGAGAUGCUGACGUACUUCCUAGAAGGCAGGACUGAUGGAAAUGGCUCCCACCCCAGGCCUCUUCACUUGGAGCGCAAGAUGUGUGCUUAUGGGAGAGCUGGAGGCCAGGCCAGACGGCCCCCACUGUGUCCCGCAGCAGGCCCACCAAUCAGGGCAGGGCUCCCCCCAGUUCCCACAGGCCAGUACCUGCCACCUGCAGCAGCGGGGAAGGAAGCUUAACCGAACUCACGUUGGCCUCUGGAGGUGCAUGCAGGGCAAGAAUGCUCCGGGGUGACACAGGCCACCUUGGCUCCAGUCAGGACCAUCCAGAUGAGCAGAACAGGAAGACAGUGACCGGGAAGGAGAAAGAGCAUUUUCAAGGUGGGACCUGAGAGUCAAUAGGAGAUGUGCCUAAGCCACCCCUUUGGGGCAUAGGGAAGCCCUGCCUCUUCCCAGUGUAGCUACCCAGGUCUGGCCAGUGUCACCAUCGAUGCCGGGACCUUCAGAAUAUCUGUGAGGAACACAACAAGAGUCAUGGAGUUCUGGCUGGCAGAGUGACAGAUGAAUCCAUCAUCAGUGAGCCCUGAGUUGGCACCAUGGCAAUCUGGCUGUGAUGGAUCCUGGCUGUGGACAGCCCCAGCCCUGGGCAGCAGCUCCAAGAACUGCACUGGGAAGUCAGCACUGUGGGGCAGGGCCAUAAGGGCUGAGCUCUUCACACUGUGGACACAGCACAGAGCUGGUCAGGUCUUGAACAGGACAGUCUGGAAAGAAUCGAGAAGCUGCCUCUCAUUGCAUGGAGAGUGAAGGCUGCUGGCUUUUCUCAUGAGCAGGAUUUUACCAGAAGCCAGAGGCAGGCCUUCUGGAACCGUCAGGGGGCCCCAGAGCCCCACUCCAUCAUGGGCCAGCACCAGCUGCUUGUUCCGCCUGUGCAUUCUCCCCCUGCCCCACCUGCCAGCUCAGGCUCCUGUGACAGCUGGAUGUUCCUCUUACUGCACCAUGGCUAUGUAUCCAAAGGAGAGAGGGGUGAGCAUCAUGCCUUGCCUAAGCCCUGGUGACUUGGACCCUGUACAUUACAAUCAAGGUUCCGUUGGUGUUGAAAACGAGGGACCGUCACACCACAAGCCAGCUUCCUUGAUGGAAGGCAUAGUUUCUCUGACAGAACCAGCCCUCCUGGAGCAGGUGGGUGGUCGUAAGGUUAGCAGAGUUUGUGGUCCUGAGUCCAGGUGCCCCUGCUCCAGUGUGCAAGGAAAUCAGCUGAAGGUGGUCCUGUUGACAUCUGGGACCUCCCACCUGUGCUUAAUGGUUGUGAUGGGUAUGAAGAUGAAGGAUGUGAGGAACAGGGUCCAGGAGAGCCAGUCGGUAGAUAGGAAUGGACAGGCCAGAAAUAACUGGAAGAUUUGGCUCCUGUAGACUUCUGACCUUGUCACAGGCAGCUUGAAAUAUGGUGGUGGGGGAGGGGGAGAGGUUCUAGGCCAGUGCCUUGGUUGGUGAAUGUCUAGAGACCUGUAGCUCCGAAAGGUUUAUGUGACCUGAAUCUUGUCCUACUCAUGGCUGUGGGGGUCCCUCUCUGCACUGCUCCCAGGGACUCUCCCUACUUCCUAGGGAUCUCAGCUUUUCAGGAUAGGAGCAGAGAAAAGCCCAGAUUUCCUUCCCCGAGGUGCAGACUUGCGUAUGGGCAGCGCCCUUUAGCUCAGCCCUAGCUCAGUUGUGUGACUGUGCAGUGGCAACAGGGGCCUUGCCCAUAGCUGAAGCUUUGUGGGCCAGCUGGUGUGAUGAUCUUGGGGCAAGCUGACUACCUGUCUCGACAGGACUCAGUUGAGGCAGGACUUAGGACAGAGGUGGGCAGAGUGAAUAGCUUUGGGCAGGGGACAGUAGGAGAUGGAACUGCAUUCAGGGUCCCCAUGUACCUGAGGCCCUGGACUACGGGUGACCUGGUGGGGCUGUGAGGACUGUCCUUUCGUGACUCUGUGAUGGUGCAGGGAGCAGGCAUAUGGCCUCCAGUUCCUCCUGCAGGAGACUCUGACCAGAUCUGCUGUCUUCCUGGCACCUUCUCCAGGGUGAGAUGAGGAACUCACAGGCCAGGGCCAAACUGACCCCCAGGACCUCACUACAGACAUUGGGGAUGGAGAAUAGGCAAUUUGUCCUUAUGUAGUCGUUUCUGAUUCUUGUGGGCCUGGUGUUUUGGUGUCACUAUGUGCAGGUGGAGGCUGUUCCUGUGAGGCGGAGGGCAGGAGGAGAUACUCUCGGGGGCCUCUCCUUGUCAUCAGAGAUCAUGUUUAUAGGAAUGUGCUUUGAGGGCUCCUGAGGACAGGCAUUUUUAUCCACCUGAGCCAGCCACAGGGCUGAGAACCUGUAGGGCACCCUGCCACCACUCAUUAUCAGCCCUGUCUCAUGUCUGCUCCCACGCUUUCCUGUCUUUGGGACAAAUGGGUCAUCCUUACCAUCUCCUUUUCCACUAGGAUUUUCUCAUCUUUCCUAACCAGAUUUGAGGCAGUCAGUUCAGACAGGAGCACACACAGGAGCAAAUACAUUGUUGUCUUGGGCUCUGUAGGCUGUGGGGAGGCUGCCCUACUCCUCCUGUUAUGGCUGUGGUACUGUCCCCAGACCCACAGGCCCACAUAGCUAGGUCCUAGUUCAUGUCUCCCCUACAUAGCUCUGGCCCUCCAGUGCUACUGCCCAAUGGGGCCAUCUAGGUUAGGCACAGAGGAGUGGCUUUUAAAGAUGCCCACACCCUGACUGGUGCUGGGUCCUAAGGGUGUGUUCUGUUACAUAGUAAAAGGGACGUUGCAGAUGGAAUUAAGGUUAGGAGCCUGAGAAUUGGAAAGGGUCCUAGACUGUCUGGGUGGGCUGGCUGCAGCACAGGGCCCUGCAGACAUGGAUGAGGGGACUAGAGUGUGACCAUGACUGAACCCUCAUUGCUGGCUUAAACAUGAGGCGCCACAAGACAACACUGGUGAUUGAACGUGAGAACAACCCCACCCAACAAAGAAGCAGGGAUGUUGCUCCCACAGCCACCGGAGAUGAACUUGGCAACAGCCUGAAUGAGCAGGAGACAGAACCAUCAGCAGGAUCCUAACCUGAGGACACCUGGACUUGGUCUGUGUGACUCUGAGUCGAGUCAACCAGCCAUACUGUGUCCUAGCUGAGGUCCAUAGUGCUUUAUGGUCAUGAGUUUGUGCACAAAGCCAUGAAAUCUGAUGGGUGUGUGACAAAGCCCUUGAGGUAUGGUCGGGUUCAAAGGAAGCCACUACAGGGGACGAUGCUACCUUCUCUGGGCAUAGGACUGUUCUGAAGUGGACCACGUGGCAGCCUUGGUGGAGUCUCUACAUCAGGGGCAGACAUCUCCUCCAUCAUCAGCAAUUCCAAACCCUGUCUACUUCCUGUGAGGUCAGGAACACAUUUAGCCAUAAUGUUCCUUGGGGUUUGGUGAAAAUCAACUUCCUUUUUAUUUGUGAUAAAACUGUAUUAUAUUGCCUUAUUUAUUUUUAAUCUUGUACAAUAUUCAUGUACAAAUGGUAGAGCCAUUCGGGUAGGAUUCUUCUCUAAAUUAUUUAUUUUAAGAUGCUCUGUAUAUAGUGCACCAAUUACAGGUGCUGCCUGUUCACUUGUACCAAAAAUGAGGAAAAGCCCGGCACCCACAUCAACCCCUGCACGGUGAUGCCGUGGCCCUUGGGAAAUGACCCUGCGUGUUCCCUUCCGAACCCUCGCAUGCCUCCCGUGCCUGACACUGUAGAGUAGAACACAGCCCCAGAAUGCUUCCAAAUGCUUCCACAGGCUACGCCAACCCAGGCCAGUCCACUCCUUACACCCAGCAACCCAGUUGCCAGCCCGUGUUUCUCAAACUCUAAGCCUCCAGGGCUUCCGGACCCCUUCUGUCAUAGAAGCAAUAAUUGUAACUCUAUACUGUAGAGACGAGUCUGGCUUGAGCAGAUUGAUAAUUCAGAUAAGCCAUGCAUACAAGUUUGCUGUGGGGGACUGCCACUCCCAAAGCCCCCAACCUUCUGAGGACCCAGCUUUGGCAACCUAGUUCUUAGGGUUGAGCUCACUCCCCAGGCAGGUGAGCAGAUCAAUCUAGCAUCUAACCUAAGUCCCCACACUUUUGGUCAGGAGAGGAAGGAGGAGUGAGGGCACCAGCCCCCAUCCAAACUCUCUUCUGAUUCUUGAAUGUCAACGCUGGUCUCAUGUGACGGAGGGUGGUAAGCUCCAUGGUUUGUCCUAGCAGAGCAUUCAAGAAUAACAUUUCAAGGCUUACCUACGGUAUCCCAUUUUUUAAAAAGUGAUGGUGUCUGGAAGGGUGCUCUCCUCACCUUGCACUUGACCUACUGGCAAGAGAAGAGCCCUCAGGGCAGGAUGCCUGUCUUCCCUGGAUGAAUACAACUGUACAGCAGGAAAGGCUGGGGCGCUUUGAUUGAUGUGGAGAAUUCAGUGCUUGGCAGGAUGUGGCUAACCUUAAGUGACUCUGUGUUUUAUUUGUAUCUCACAGAAAGUCUGUGCCAUCAUCCUUAUAGUAACCUGGAAAGAUUGUAUAGACUGCUUGCUUUAAUGGGCCACUUAAGAAGGAAGUGGUUUGGAUUGGUGAAAUGAAGGGUGUGUGGAGGGCUUCACCUGGGAACGUGCACCUGUCACUGCUCCAGCAGGGAGGUUUCUGGAACUCCCCAAAUCCCAGGUAUCUUGUUCACAACCCAUGCAGGGCCUGUCCAAUGACAUGCAUGGUUUAUAAAGCAAGUGUGCACCCAUAACUGUGCAUGUUACAGAAAAAGAAAGAACAUGCUUGCAUAUAUUGUACAUCUUACAGUACAAGAGGUCCCAGAAGUGCUAGUAGUACUUAAAGUUCUGAAAACCUGCAGAUUUGAUGGCUGUAUAUAAAGUAACCCUCCAGAAACAUGGUUUAGUAAUGACUUCAAUUUUUAAAAAAUUACACACACACAAUCCUUCAUAGAGGUAACUGGAUUUCAAAAUAUUUGGUUCAGUAAAAUAAAUAAAGAGCAAACUGACUGGGCCACAUUCUGGCAGCCUGGAUGUUGCAUGGCAUAACUUUUUCUCCGGACCCUGGGACAUGCUGCCUCCCUAGCUACAGUAUGCUUUGAAAGUUCAACUGACCAAUAGGUCCUUGUUUUCAUUCAGAACUCCAGGUUUGAGAACGGAAUGGAUAAUGGAAGUGGGAUUGUUUCUUCAUAUGAUACCUUGAGUGAGGUCUGUGUUUGCAUUCAUGGCUCUUUAGCUGGGGGGUUAGAAGAGCUGCCUGGGACUGGACUUAAGUUAGAUUCAUGGGCCUGUUGCAGGAGGUGGCAGGGCCCAGAGCUCAGCAGGAAGGAUUGGGGAGCCAUUCCCGGCUUGCCUGGGCAUGGAAAGUUUAAUCCAAAGCACACAGAAUGAUUACUGUGCCAGAAGUUGUUUGGGUAUAUGAGUUGGUACCUCGAGUGAGACUUCUCCCUGCCUACCCCACAUUUGAUGGGAAGGCCUGAGCCAACGAGUUGCUUCAGUCUCGUGCCAUCUCACUCUCUCAUUGUGCCCAUUAAGUCAACCAGAGUCUAUUUCCAGCUGACUGAGUCAGAGGCUGAGAAGUUGAAGCCAGAAGCCUUCCUGGGUGGAGGCAGGGGGUCAGAAGGCCUGAGCACCUGCUCCCUGUCCUGGAGGACAAAGUGGGGACAGAACCAAGGAGAUUCUGGAAGGCUUAGUGUGUAGGGCUCAGCAGAAGGAAUGAUCUCCAAGUUGUGAAUUUCCAUAUGUGGACUUGUGUGAUUGGGCCCCCGCUGUUGGCAGGUGAGAGCUGUGUAGGGCCUCUACCUGGAAGCCAUAGGCCCUGUGUUGCUGGACAUUCUGCCGGUGGGGUGGAGAUGUGUGGAAGGGAGCCCCUGGGCCCUGCGGCUGUUCCCUCACAAAGGGUCAGCUACUCUGUAAGCACAACCCUGCAUCGGGGUAGGCAGGGUGUUAGAGCUCUGCAGGGGCUGCCUCACUCGAGGAUCCUCAGGGGACACUUUGGAAAGUAUCUGAGGAUUUCCUGCCUUAUCCUCCUGUAUGUUCACAUCUUAGUGAAGGCCAGUGAAGGUAUAGGAAAAGGAUGUGAGGAGAUUGGUCACCUCCAUGGUCUAUCCCAUAAACACCACAGAUCCAAUUUCAGAUGCUACAUUCUGGGGUUAGAUGUCCCUCAGCAACAUACCCAUCAUAUAAUGACUCAGAUAUGUGUAGUUUUAAGUUUCCUUGAAAAAAAUAUGUAUCUGUUAUGUUGCAUAUUGGACCUGUUCACUAUCUUAGAAGAUGCAAUGAUUCUACUAGAGGCCAUGCUUAGUUAGUGUGUGCCCCUGUGCACGUGUGGGCAUGUAGGUCAUAUAGCAUUAAAAAAAUAAAAAUCAAUUAUUCAUUCUUGGGAUUGAUUCAUACAAGGAACAAAAUUAAAAUGGAAUACAGCCAGGUGGCCACCACUUAGAGUCCCUACUUGAUUUGUCAGAAAACACUCAUCAGAGGGAGGAAGGCAGGGGCAUCCCAGACCCUAAGCGAUACCCACAUGGUCCCUGAGCUUCUGUGAGAUGACAGCCUGUAAUCUCCAGUUACUCAGGAGGUUCAGGCAGGAGAAUUACAAGUUUAAGGCCAGCCUGGGCAACACAGUAAGACCCCAUCUCAAAAAAAAAAAAAAAAAAAAAAAAAAGUCUCUACUAUAUCAGUACUUAAGGUCCAGAUAUAUUGAAGCACUAAAUUGCUCCUUAUUUCUUUUUGUUGGUUAUUUUCGGGGUUUUUUUUUCUCUCCCCCACACACAGUGGUAUGUGGAUCUGUGGAGGGACUUCAGGGUGGAUAUACAGCAGGAAUUUCAAAUGCGGAGCCAAUUGGGGGCUGAAUCUUGAUUACCAUCAACAAGCACCCCAUCCUCCUAUUACAGAGCGACUUGGAAGCCAGGUCUUCCUAACAGGAUAUGUCAGCACCAAUCUCUCCAGCAACAGACAGGUGGCCUUGUUGGGUUGUGGCUCACUCCUAGCUGAAAAACAAACAUCAGAAAACCAACCACAGUAGUCACCAUAUGGCCUGACCCCAUGUUCUCCAUCUUGACAGGCUUUAUUUAUUUUAGAUCUAAUUUCUUUAUCCUUUGUGAAAUUACUAAAUUUCUUGCAACAGGUCACUAGAUUAACUAUGUUCUGCACUCAACCACAGGAAGGGCAAGCAUCACUCUUUGUCUAGUUAAAACGGGUCUCCAGAGGGCCUUUUGGUAUGACCACAAAUUAACACAUUCAUUACUAGUUCCCAAAUCUGACUUUUCAGUCAGUGGGUACCUUCUGCCUGUGGAAGGGAUGGAAUGAUGAUAUUCUUGCUGUCCGUGGAGAAUCCAAGCCCCACAGGUUAGGGAGUUGAGAGUGCCACACAGCCUUGAGAGGCAGGGCCAGACCUCAACUCUUGUUCUGUCCCCAUCUCAAGCCCUUCUGUUUUCUGUUACAUUUAGGACUUACUAACAUUAAAAUCUGCAAUUGAUGGAAAACACUAUCUUGUCCACACAAUUGUGUCCAGCAUGAAGGAGGAGACCCUGCUUAGGAUGCUCUUCCAUGGGCAAGUCUUACUCUGAUUCACGUCCUAGGAGCAUGUGUCCAAGACACAUUGGCUCUGAAGUCCUUGGCUUCUUGUUGCUCAGUUAGAGCCUGUAAUUCCUCUUGGCUAAACCAUAUUUCUUCUUUAACAUUACUGAUCCCCCGCAAGGAAAUAAAGUGUUAGAUUUGGGGGUUAAAAAAAAAAAGAAACACCUUUCUACCUUGUGAUAUUGUCCUUUAACUUCUAUAGCUCUUUUGGAGCACAACCUGUCAUAUCUGAAAUGAUACAGAAUCUCCUUAAACAGGGAGGACAGCUGUUUUUUUCUGGAAGGCCUCUCUGACAUCAAAUAGGGAAGUAUAGCUCCUCCUCCCCAAGCACCCCCAAACUACUUACACCCAGCCUGCCAGGCUCCAGUUGCUGGGGAGGAGUUUCAUGAGCACUGGGAAGGCUUAGGUUGCCUUUGCCAUUUCUGCUCCUCUUCCUCUGCUGUGGAACCAUUCAGUAUUGUUCAUGUGCUAUUGGUGCAGUGUAGGAGGUCAAGGUGCCUUCCCAGGGAUUGGAGGAUGUAUGAAAAAUGGAUCUCCCCAGGAGCAUUCGUAAGGCAAGGAAGGGUUUACGAUGGAUGGUGAGAGGUUUGGCAAAUACUCAAUUCCAGGGGCCCUGACCAUCUCAUGGGUGUUGGUUUCUACUGGUACCAAGCAGUACAGACUCUGAGAGUGUUGGUUUCCAAAACCGCUUUCAGCCAUUUAUUUGAGAAUUAAUGUGUAAACAGAAAAGACAUCCUAGACCAACUGCAGAGCCUAUAUAAAUGAAAUCCUGCACUUAAUAAACUUGUGCAGAACGUCUGUGCAGGAACAGCUGGCUCAGAGCAUGCUGUGGGUGUCCACCUCCUGCAGCAGGUGCAGUGAGAAGUUGGCCCGACAGCAGCCAGAACUUGUUUCUUGCCUCCCACCAGCAACCACCACUCAACUCCGGGCCCCGGGCACAUGAAGCACAAGUCUCAGGGGACCAUUCCCACAUUGUGGGGAUCCCAAGGACGCCCACGGCACCUCUAGCAUACACCGGGAUUGUGGACCCAACUGAUCACCAGGAGCACACAUGCCCGGUGUGGAGGGGCCCUCUGUGUUGCCUUCAUCCCUGUUAAAACUGCGUAUAUGCAAGCCAUUUGCACUCUGAAAUUGCAUGCUGUGAAAUUCCUAAUUGUGUAGAACUCAGUUUGAAUUUGAAAUCAUGCAGCAUGCGCUCAGGCUUGCCCCUGAGUCAUCUGCCUGCUAGGUGCAGAGCACCCCGGUGAGCCAGGGUGAGUCCCAUGGAACCUGAGCUUUGUGUAGCUCGAGUACUUAGUAUGCACCGUCUCCUUUCAGCCCAAACUCCCUUUCUACUAUCCUCUCAUUUAUAUUGAUUGCACUCCAACUUCCACAAAUGGAAAUGUCAUUAUCAUGACCAUCUCAGCAGUAAUUCCAUUCUGAUUUAAGGUAAGUCCAAAGCCCACCUCUGGAUUUUCUUACUUGCUGAGAAAAGUCAUGUAAGCUCCUAUGCCCUGUGUUUGGCUAGAGAGGGUUGCAUCUCUCGGUGAGAUAAAGAGUGGCACUGGCAAGGGAUCCUUUUCUCCCACACAAUAAACUCACUGAGGAUGCUUCUGUAGACAUGAGAACACAAUGAUUAUAUUCAGAAUCACAAUAACUCAAUCUCACUGGGUAACUUCUCAUGAUAGAUUUGUAUAAUCAAUACGGGUCUAUUUUUAUGUCAACUGAACACUGUAGAGCACCUUCCAGUCUUUUUCAAGAUUGUUAAAUCGAGAAAAGUAAUUGAAUAAUUUGUCCUAUUUUUAUUUUAAAGAAACAGUGAAUGGACUGAAAUGUUAAAUGUGAAUGUACAUUUCUUAAUUGCAACUUUUCUACUGAGUGUUUGCACUAUACUUUCUGGAGUCUUAUUUAACAAAAAUAAAGGAAAAAUUGCUUGACUAAA